CAUUUCAAACAAUUGAAUUUAACAAAACAAAAAAGUCAAAUACCUUGUUUCCCAAGAAAAACGGGCCCAAAGAGAACCCAAACCCGCAUCAUCACCUAUAUCAAACUAACUAACUGAUCGCCCCUUCCUUCUUUCUCUCUCUCUCACACACACAAACAUCAUCACCUUCAAUUAACAAAUUAGGGCAUCUGAAAUCUCAGAAAUGGCGGGAGGGAAUUUCGUGCAGAGAGUUAUAUCUUACGUUGUUAAUGAAGUCCUCGUUGAUGGCCUUGCCAACAGGAACAAUAUUUUGAAGGCUCAUGCUCCUGAAUUACAGUUUUCGUUCUACGAUAACAGAGUUUCUUUGGUCCCCCGGACAUUUCAAAAGUUUGCUGUCAGGACUUCAAAGUCAUUGGAAGAUAUAUCAAAAACAGCUGCAAAAAAGCGGCAACAAAUUGCUGAGCAGGUGAAGGAAAUGUCCCGUGACUUUCAGUCCAGGGACUGAUGGCUGAUUGCUGAUUAAAUUCUAGAGUCAUUUCGAUCGCUCCAGUAUGACAUUUGUAUUGUAUAUUAGGAAAUCAAGAUAUGUCACCUUUGAAGUUGAGGUGUUUUAGUUGUUUCAUCUGAGCGAGACUUGAGAUUGUUGCUAGUUCAAGUGAUAUGGCUUUGUUUGCUUUUGUUUUGAUGUUAUCAAAGAUGUGACAUUAUGUCACCAUGUUAAAACUCA